AUGCGCAGCCACUGGGCAAUUUUUAAUUACUAUAGAAAGAAAUUUAUAGAUCGUUUUUUACUUUACCAGGUACUUAUGUUGCAGCCGACUUUUAGUGAAAGAGCUAUAAGAACAAGCACGAAGAUACAUAUGGCUAACGAGGCUUUUUUAUCUUUAGAAGAGACCAAUGCCAUUAGAAUAAAACUAGGCUUGAAGCCGAUAGAAGAGGCUGUGAAACAGCGUCAGAACGAACAAAAAUCUUCACUACCAGGAGAAAGAGGACAGAUAGAAAAUGGAUUAGCCCCCUCCGGUGCAUCUCAAGACAAUGUAGCUACUACUGUAAGGGGAUAUCACUCUGAAAUCAACCUAUUUCGUUCACAUAAUGUCAGCACAGAUAAAGAAUAUCCAAGAUCCGGCGAUGACCUGCGCCUGAAGAAUGCGGAUGACGACUGGCUAGAUAAAGUAGGUAAGCAGAUUUCGAAAGAAACAGAUAAUACAGGUGUGGUCACUGUUCGUGAAGACGAUGAUACCUUACCUCAACUGCAAACAGCACACGAUGUCCAUAAAUUUCGAAGUGGACGGGAUGUAAUAUUGACUUUAAAGGAAAGUAGUAUCAAAGAGGACGGUAGUGAUGACGAUAUUUUGGAGAAUGAGGACUUAGCAUACGAAAAGGAAACUAAGAAAAAUGUAGAACUAAAGCAAAUGAACAAAAAUCGUCGUCGGAGGAAGCUGACUUUGGACGUUUCUAGUAAAGAUAUCGCACAAAAGGACAGCGAAGGAGACGAAAGUGAAAGGGAACAUGACUUACUAGUUGUUGGUGGAAAGACUCAGCUACGACAUAAAAAUGAAGAACCGAAAACGGAGCACGUGGAAGGAAAGAUAAAAGUCAUGUUCGACAGCGAUGGUGGUUCAGACGGUGAAUCAGAUAAUGGUGACUUCAAAAGUAUCAAAAUCAAGAAGCGUCAAAAAAAGAUCUCUGGUAAUGACAAGAACAAGAGAACGAAAAGGAUUCAACUUCCAACAGAAAUACAUGCAGUUUCUCUAGACACUGGAGAUGAAGAAGAAGGGGAAGGCACUUUUGAUAUGCCGUUAGCAUUGAAGGUAACUCGUCGUGGUAAAGUAGAUAUGGAAAAUCAAGCUCAAAGUUAUUCGGCGGAAGAGAUUGCUAUCCAGAUCCAAAGGGAGGCUUCUGAAAGGGCUAUGAUGGUCGAGAGGCUGAAUAAUAAAAGUGGGGGCGUGACGGUGGACGAAAACAGCGCUUUUUUUGACUCUCUCCAAACCGCAUUAUUGUCUCCACGCAAGAAUGAUAUGCUCGAUGAUCCAGCGGACAUAUCAAACUCGCCAGAACACAAAGAGCAGGAUGCUGUAAAAUCUAUACAGUAUGCCUCGGCUCCAAAGGGGGCAAUGGACAGCGGCAAGGCAGAAUCCAAGUCUGCUGACUUCUAUAGCGGCCUUGCCUCAACUUUGCAUUUUUUGCAAGACAAUGCAAUUCUAACUAAAGACCAUGGAGGUGAUUCUAGGCAUAUCACUACAGGAGACGGUGAAAAUUUCCCUGAGAGUACCUCUCUUAACGAAGAGCGCAGUGCUCCAGAUGAGAGUGCGGCACAAUACGACCCCAAAGUCAAUCUUGUUUACAGAGACGAAAAGGGGAAUGAAUUAACUCCGAAGGAAGCUUACAAAAAGCUGUCCCAGAAGUUCCAUGGAACAAAGAGCAACAAAAAAAAGCAAGAGAAAUUUGAUCAGAAAGUAAAAGCUAGAGCAGCACCUCGUCAAGAUGUUAUGGAUUUCGGUUUCAACAAUAAAUAA